CCUCUAUGCAAGUAAAUGUGCAGGCCAAGGAACAGGCAUGGUGACAGGUAAGUGACUUAAGAGUUUGAAUGUUGAUACCUAUAUGCACUUUCUAUGAAUAAACCUCUCGCCCCGUAUUUACGAGGCUUAACCAUUCUUCCGGCAAAACCUUAUGCUCAGGGGAUUCCUAAUUGCAAUAGCUAUUUCAUGUCAUGAUAUUCAUAAAUAGAUGUACUUGUAGGUAUUAUGUCUACAGGGGAUGAUCUGUGCAAUCCACCCGGCCAGCUACAGCUCCAAUUCCCACAGCACGAUUGUGUAGGAAUCUCAAAAGCAAGGGCCAGAAUAUCGACAUCUAACCUACAGAUUUUCUUGCCCCUUCCCCGAUCCUCCAGGCCCUGCACUGUCCUCAUCGCCCGUUCCUCUUGUAGCGAAAGAGGACGCAACAAAGCCUUCAUCUCCAAUUGUUUUUGGAGAAGGAAAAUCUGGGUCCCGCCCGUAUGCAAUUCUCGCAGCAUCGACUAGAACCCUCGCCGUCAUCCCCCAGAUUUUGUAUCGCAAAAGCCUGGCACCGCUCCAGACUGGCGCUUGGAAUUCAUUAUUCCUAUAUUGUGAUACACGUCAAAUUAAGAUCUCGUUGCGGCGAAUAGAUAGUUGGGAUGUAAGCCUACUUCCACUUCUUCCCACCCCAACUAAACCAGUCCCCAGUAUACCAUGGAACGUCGUCCCACUUUUUUGUUGCACCAUCAUCAUCGUAGUCAUUCAUUAGAAAGCGUUCUAGCGGAACAGUGAAAACACUGGCAACCUCCUUAGGAUUAAGUUCCGGCAUGAGGCUAUCGUUGACAUCCGCUGUUUGACCUUUGGUAAUGUCACGCAGAAAUGCUACGCACGGCCUCACACUGAUGUUUGUGCCCGCUAAGAAUAGUGGUAGCUCUGUCAAGUGCUCUACAGAAAACAGCGAGGGAAACGGAUGCGAAUGUAGCGGGAGGCCGAUCUCCUCAUAAGCUUCUCUCCGGGCAGUUUGCACCGGUGUUUCGUCCGGGUGGUCGCUUCUCCCUAUAAGCGCGAUUAGUAAUAAUUAUCUGGAGGGGUAUAAGGCCGGGGACAGCUGUAUGACAGCUCCUACCUCCAGGUAAAGCAACUUGACCUGCGAAUGUGCGGAGUGAUGCGCUACGAACCGUUAAGGCUACGCACAAAUUGCCAGCUCUGUCCGCAAAUAGUAGUAACAGUACUGCUGCCCGACAGUGCAUGGGAAGGGAAGAAUAUAUGGUUGGCGGAGGGACAUAUGUCCGUAGCCGGUCAAGAGCUUUCUGGGGCCGGGUUAGUUGGGAAUCUUAGUUGGAGCCUGGGGCAAAGUACUGUUGAGUUGGGCGAUAGUGGUGACAUUUUAUAUAUAUAUUGCCACUAGUCUUUGAUUCCGUUGUAGCUUGUACGAGUACUUCGAGGAAUUAUAGUGCGGGUAGGGUAGUCUAGAAGUAUCGUUAUCGCGGUUGAAGCUUAGCAACCGGAAUGGUGGAGAAAUGAGCUAUUAUGUGACUGAGCCGAGGCACGGCAAAUGCUCACACAGCAUCAACCAGCACAGUACUGUACUCGAGUACUGUACCCGGCGGGGGCAAGAGGGGGAUGUCUGAAAGAAAGUCAAGAGCUAUCGAAUUUAAUUUAUCGGGUUUCAUAUUAUGUUAAGGACAUCGGUUCCCGGGGUUAUCUAGGCCGUUUUCCUACAUUUUUCUUGUUGGUGGUUGGGGUGAGGCUCAAGUUUGUCGAGAUUUCCGACGCGUCUGCCCGAACUUUGCGCCAAAACCUCGACAAUCCACGCGACAAAAAAAAUGGAGUCAACUCCGCCAGAAGAAGUUUACAUUGACGAAUUCGAUCCCAAGGAGCACCAGGUAUUACCUCCCAAUAUACUGCCAUUAAUGCUCAUCUAGCUUACAGGUUGUGUGUUAGGGAUGUUACAUUUUCACCCUGGACGGCGAAGAGGAUAGACCGACAAAGCGCCGGAAGACUAAAGGCAAACAACGUGCUACGGAGAAAGCAGCUGUAGAGGAGGAGAAAUGUCUUUUCCCUGUGCUGUUAGAUGGUAAAGAGACGGAGAGUACUCUAAAGCUUAGAUACCGGACGUACUGUAAACUUUGGGAGGCGCAAGAAAAGAGAACGAAGGUGAGGUUAUGAGGGAUAGCAGCGUUUGGCUACAUGUGCUGAUAGAGAUACAGGCUAUUCUAGAUUCUUUCAACAGCAAGACUCUGGGUGACGUUUCAGCUUUUGUAAAGGAUGCUGCACCAGAGAAGUAAUUCAGAAUGCCUUUGUUCGGGAACCGCAUGUUUACGGUCCAAUAGAUUCGAAGGGAAGAUCCCCACAGCGCUUGUCCUCGCCGGUCCAAACAUUGCGUCGCAUGAACUGCUAUUCGAACAGCUAGCUCAGCGCAUACGGAAUCAGGAUAGGACCGGACCGGUUGUGGUCCUGACCUCUAAAGAUGCUACCAGCCUGAAGACCACUCUUAGGAAAUUGAUUAGGGAUGCUACACAGCAGGACGAAGGCGUAGAUGAUGAAGAGGAUAUUGCUCGCAAGGUUGGUGGGGUGGAUGAAGAUCCCCAGAGGAGCUCCCUUCUAACCCGGUCGCAGAGCACGAAAUUACUCAACUAUGAUUUACAAAUUUUACAGACUUGGUGUCGAUCUCACGCUGGCCAGAAGGUCACCAUUGCGAUACAGGAUUCCGAAGCCUUUGAUAGCAAUGUUCUCUCCGAUUUGAUCACACUUUUUGGUUCAUAUCUGGAUCGCAUACCAUUUGUGCUUCUGGUCGGUAUCGCGACCUCCGUGGAGAUAUUUCAUGAUAAGCUUCCGAAAUCGACGAUUCGUCUGAUGAGGGGAAAUAAGUUUGACGUCGAACGGGCCGAGGAGUGCCUUGCCCAGAUAUUUAACGACUCAAUAACAAGCGAUAAAGCUGUUCUUAGGCUCGGGGCGUCUGUCUGUGAUUUCCUCCUUGAACGAUAUAGGGACCACACUCAGAGUAUACAAACCUUUGUGGGGGCGUUGAAGGUAACCCUCCCCUGAAAUAUAUGAUAGAUCCCCUGAUGACAGUUGAAAGUAUGCCUAUAUGUCUCACUUCUACGCCAACCCUCUAAGCAUUAUCCUUGGGUUUAUUGAUAAUCCCGAUGGCCUUGGGGAGGUACUAUCCACUGAGCAUGUGGAGGCAAUCAGAAACGUUCCGUCUUUCAGGAGAUAUGUAGAAGGCAAGUUGGCCGCAAAGGAAGUCGGUGAGGUCCGCAAGCUACUUGCCGAUGACAAUUAUGUUCGCCACACUGUUGCCGAAAAAAUUCUAGAAUCGCGAAAUUACGGUAUCGAGCUAGGCCAGGCAUUGGCAUUCUUGGAGAUUGGACGCAGCUGUACACUGGCCCAGAACAAAACCCCACGUUACGAACUUUAUGCGAAAGCUCUUUCCGGAGAGCUUCAAACUGGUCCUUCCAUCAGAGAAUUUCUGAUGUCUUUGAAGCGAAUGAGCUCUACCGCUCUACUCAACCUCCUCGAAAAUGUCAUGCAAGAGGUCCCAAUACCGGCUAUCACUGAGCCUCUGAAACCCUUGCAGGAAAAGAUAAAAAAGCUGGUCGAGGAAGCAGCGGCUUCUGGAGGGAAAAAAACCCUGAUCAGCGAGUUUGACAUCACGAAUAAUACUUUGCGGGGAACCGCCGUCUCGAAGAAAGUCCGACUUGGCGAGCAAAAGUCUUCGUUGACCAAGCAGGAUACUGAGUAUUCGGCAUUGGUCCAGCAGGUCUAUGCUAUCGCCGAAUCAUACCUCACGGUCAAUUUCAACUCCAGUCAGCACGGCCUGCAAAAUGUGCUCCUACACGAGAUCUUCUUUUACGACUUGAGGUCUCCACAUAGUGCUGUUGGCCCCCCUUUCCCUAUCCUCUAUUGAUAGCUGCUGACAGCUGGCAGGUCUUCGCGCCAAAGCCCCGCUCCACAAUUGAGCGCGGGUUGUCUCGGCCACAAGACUACCUCGACUGUUCGUGCUGUACCUCUGGCGACGGGGAGGAGGUCGGUAUCAGGGGAACCCAACCCCCUGCCAGCAUCAUAUACCAAUUAUACCUGGAGUCUGGCGCGCUGAUCAAUAUAUACGAUCUCUGGAGCGCUUUUUACUCCGUUAUUGCCGGCGAUGAAGAGGAAUUCGAUGCACAGACUGCUCAGUAUUCUCCCCACUUCUGCCUCUGCUCCGCUUUAGGUCACUGACAUUGGUAUGAAGGGCACUGUUCUACAGAUCGCUCGCGGAAAUGCGCUUCUUGGGCUUCGUGAAGCAUACGAAGAAGAAGACGGAUCAUAUUGCGAAAUUGGCUUGGAAGGGGAUUUGAUCUUAUUCUCGCUUUUAAUUGUGCAUCCCUUACCUUAGUUCUUCUCCUUCUUCCCUUUUUUUCCCCUUCGGACCAAAUUUCUUCAUUUGUUACCUUUAUGAUUGGCUGGAUAGAUUGGUAUUCUUUUGUGUGUAUUCAUAAGUUGAAUUUUAUGUGUUGAAUUUGGCCGGUGCUAGUGAGAGUGUCAUAACAUGAUAAACACCGGUGGCGGGAUUGCCGGAGGCUACUAUACCCGCCUACAUAUACGACCGAGCGCCGAAAACACAUACAGUAAAAAAUAUCAUACUAGCGCCUCCUCCCCUCCCCCAGUAAACCGCAGGACAAUAUUAUAGCAGAGCACCAACAACCAGCUCCACCCACACCAGCAAGUACACUCUCCCUCCCUUCCCCCCAU